ACAAUAACACGGUGGGCAAGAUGUGAAAGGUGCGAUACAAGAGCAGAACAUCGAAUUAAUGUGGAAGUGUGGUUUUUACUGAGUGACGCUGUGAAUAAAUGUUUCUAGACAUUGCAUACUACAGCCAAUUUUUUAAUGGCCAUGUCUUAGAGAAAUACACUGAUUGGGAAAAUAUUACCAUAUAUUCUUUGGAUUACAAUGAAAAGAUACAUGCAGUUAAUUAUAUUAAUACUGGUAACUGCUUCUGGAAGAAUGAUACUUAAAUAUCAUAAAUUAUUUCCAGAAAUGAUUGAAAAAAAUAUCUAUGGAAUUACUUCAGACAUUAUUGAGAACUUCAUCAAACCACAGAUAAACUGGUUAAUGAUCAUAGGUGGAAAUAAUCUUUAUUUUUCUGCCACCACUAGGUACAUAUUUGCUCAGAAUAAUCCCUCAGUAUUUACACUGUCAGCCACGAACAGACAAUACACAUUCUUUAAUGCCAGCAGAGAAAAAGGCAGAACAGGUUUUGUGAUGUUUUCUGACUGGGCGCACAAAGAAAGUUUUUUAUUAUUCCUAUCUGAAUUGUCAGAAAAUUCACUAUGGAAUAAAGCAUCGUAUUUCCUAUUUGUCAUAACAGAUGUCAUAGAGUAUGGCCCAGGACAAUUAAAUGACUUGCUGAAAACAUUCUGGGUUCAGUAUGAGAUACUGCACUAUGCUGUCAUAUGCAGCUGCACGAAAAGAUAUUUUAUUUCCAAACAUUUUAACAAAGUCUCUCGCAAUUAUAGUAUAAGAGCCUUUACUUUCAACCCAUUUGAGAACGAUGGUGAUGGGAAGAUAGUACUGGUGUCACGCGAAGAAGAUCCAUUUGCUGACAAACUUCUAGAUGUUCAUGGAUAUCCUGUCAGCGUCGCAUUGAAUCACGAGCCACCAUUUAGCUUUAAAAUUACAUGUCCUGGCAGUCAAGUCGCUUACACUGGCUUCGAUAAAAUUAUAUGGAAAUCUUUAUUAGAUCAUAUUAAUGCUUCCAUCUUUAUUAACGACUUUAAGAAGACAUCUGUUAACCUACCACUAACUUCUGGAAAAAAAGGUUUAAAGAAAUCCGACAUUUUCGGGAACACUAUUCGUUUAUCUGCUUUUACUAAGAAAAAAUACACUUAUCCAUUUAACAUGGAACCAGCCAGCUUUAUUGUCCCAAAAGCUAAGAAACUACCUAAAUGGAUGAGUUUUUUGUUGCCCUUUAGUCUUGAAACCUGGCUAAGCUAUUUUGUUGCUUGCUUUUUGCUUGCAUUUGUGUGGAGGUUUUUUACCCACUAUUCAUGUGAUAAAGAAGUUAAAAAGGUUGAUGAGCUUGGAAUACUUCAUGUUAUUACCUCAGGUGUUUCUGUGCACAAAUUCUCAGUGUUAUCAGCAAGAUUGUUCCUCCUCUCCACACUCUCAUACAACACAGUUUUUACAAAUUCUUACAGUGGUGCAUUGACUAGCUUUCUUACCAGUCCUCAGUACUAUCCAGAUGCAAAUUCCUUGAGCGAUCUGGUGAAUAGUGGUUUGAAAGUAGGAUAUGUCAUUUCUUUACAAAACAGUAAGCAGGAGUUUAGUUUGAUAGACCAUUCAGACCGUUUAACCAAAUUCUUUUUUGACAAUUUAGUGAUGCUGAAGAGCAAAGAAGAAGGACUAGGUGUGACUGUGAGCAAAAGAAAUCAAAGCAUCUUGUUGAUGGAAACAGAACUCAAGUACUAUUUGAACAGACCUGAGUACCAUCAAGAUGGUCAUCCUCUCCUUCACCAUUGCAAAGUGUACAUAGUUACUUUUAUGGUGGUGUAUACCUUCCGCGACAAUUUCGCCUUCGUCGAUAAGCUCGACACGCUUAUGUGGCGACUGAAGGAGUCCGGAAUCACCAGAAAGCUGCUGGACGAUGUCACCCAUGAGACGGCGGUCGAGCUGAGGGCGAUCAGCCAUGGCCCAGAGCACGUGCCCUUGACGAUGUCACAUCUGGAGGGCGCGUUCUACUUGCUGCUGUUCGGGACUUCCAUCUGUGUCAUAGUGUUCAUUCAUGAGCGAAAGAAACAUCCUAAAACUUACCAUGGCUUUAAUACGACUCAGUAUCAUCAUGCAAGACAAAUGAGACAAUAUGGACCUUAUAAUCAGUUUAAGUUUUCCUAAUUUAGCCAUUCUAACCAGAUUUUACUAAUGGAUCAUUAAGCCUCAUGAAAUAUGAAAACAUUUUUCAAUUUCGGGGCAAUAUUUCACUUAAUUUUAAAGUAUUUUUAAAUUUUGAGUAAUGUUAAUAAGUGCUGCUUCUACUUUUUAUCAAUGUCUAAUUUCCAACUGAUUUAUUGUCGCUAAGCACUGUCAAAUCAACUUUAUAGAGAAAAUAACUUUAACUUCA